AUGACCACGCCGCCCCGUCGCUCUAGCCUCGGAAUGUUGCUGCGACGAAGCAAAAGCGCCGACUUGAAGAAGCAGCGAGCUGCAAAGGAGCAGGAGCUCCAACGCCAGCGCGAUGCCGUCUCCAAGUCGCCGCCCCGCCUGCCCGUUCUUUACAACGGGGCCCCCGCUCCACAACUAGGACUCGGCAGCGAGAACCGUCCUGAUUCCCUCGCGAUUGUUUCUGGCAGAGCCGAGUACAUGGCACAAUCCGCCCCGCGGCCCUCAAUGGAACCAUCGCGCUCCGUCAUCAGUGUACCUCCCCCCAUCCCCAACGGUGGCUUUGACCCUUACGCCGGCACCGGCAGCAUGGCACACCGUGGCCGCUACAGCUAUGCCAGCAGCGCCAUCAGCACCAUCAAUAACCCUAGAAGGGUCCGGAGAAGAAAGGAUCCCACACCCUUCAAUAUCCUGAUUGUCGGGACCACCAAUUCCGGUAAAACCUCGUUCCUCGAAUUCCUAAAGACAGCGCUUGAAUUGCCCGCCAAGAAGCGUUCCAAGAGCGUUAUCGACCUGGACGAUCUCCCCAAGCCGCCUCCCUCUGGCAACUUCAUUCCCCACUACCUCGAAACCGAGGUUGACGGCGAACGUAUCGGCCUGACACUGUGGGAUUCUGAGGGAUUGGAAAAGAAUGUUGUGGAUCUGCAGCUUCGGGAAAUGUCCAGUUUCGUCGAAAGCAAGUUCGAGGACACAUUCAAUGAGGAGAUGAAGGUUGUACGGUCGCCUGGAGUACAGGAUACUCACAUCCACGCCGUCUUCCUCGUUCUCGACCCAGCCCGCCUAGACCGGAACAUCGCAGCCGCCAAGGCCGCGAGCGCAAAUGGCCAACACAACGGUGGGAAGCACUAUCCGCACGCUCGGAUCCUGGGUGGCCUGGAUGAGGAUCUUGAUCUCCAGGUCCUGCGGACGUUGCAGGGAAAGACGACCGUCAUUCCCGUCAUCUCAAAAGCCGACACCAUCACCACCAAGCACAUGAACGCGCUCAAGAAAACAGUUGCAGAUAGCUUGAAGAAGGCUAAUCUCGACCCCUUGGAAGCCCUGGGUUUGGAUGACGAUGACACCAGCAGCCCGGAUUCCAGCAAGAUCGUGGAGGAGGACGAGGACCAACAGCAAGAAGAGGGCGAAGUGGAGGCGAGCGCCGACGAUCAGGAGCUGCCCGCUCAGGCCCAGGGCUCCAAUCCGCCAUUUGACCGAUCUUCCACUGGCUCUGUCCGCCGUCGCAGGGUCUCAGAGGAGAAGGAGGGCGGCAAAGAGGAUGAUGUACCUUUCCUCCCCAUGUCAAUUCUGAGCCCAGACAUCUACGAGCCCGGCGUGAUCGGCCGACAGUUCCCUUGGGGCUUCGCCGAUCCGUACAACGAAGAGCACUGCGACUUUCUCCGCCUCAAGGACACCGUCUUCAGCGAAUGGCGAGGAGAGUUGCGCGAGCUCAGCAGGGAGCAAUGGUACGAGGGCUGGAGAACUAGCAGGCUCAAGCAACAUGGUGGGAAAUCGCGCCGGUAA